AUGGAAGAGACUGAACAUGUUGCCCGGCGGCUUGACCGCAUGCUAAAAAACAAAAAAAUAGAUGAUGAGUCUGCGCUGAAAUACCUUAGGAGAUUGCGAAGCAUCGAGAUGACUCUGGAAAUCUUAACGAAAACCGGUGUAGGUAUUAUUAUCAACAAGAUAAGAAAGGAGUCAGAAGACCCGGAGGUUGCUACAUUGGGGAAAAACAUGAUAAAGCAGUGGAAAAAGCUAGUCCCAGACAAAAGUGAAGCUCCUGCAUCUUGCACCAAUAGUGUUGGGAAUAACAAUAAUGACAAUGGCAACAAUAAUGACAACAAACAUUCACCUGAGUCAAAUAACUACAAUGUCUGUGACGAUGGUGGACCACAAGAAGCCAAACGGUCUCGGCCAAGUGAAAAGAAGGAAUCUACAGAACUGUCGGGAAAUGCAAGUCGUGGCUUUUUUCCUGUCCACACUUUGACUACAACAGAUCAAGUACGUCUAAAAGCCCGAGAGAUGCUUCAAUCAGCACUAGAAAGUGGCAAUAUUCCUAGCGGUGCUUAUGAAAGUGAGUUCCUAGCAAUACGAAUAGAAAGCUCCAUAUAUGAUCUUUUCAACAAUACUGAUCCCAAGUACAAACAACGAGUACGUACUAGAGUUAUGAACCUACGCGAUUCUAAUAAUCCCAAUUUGCGACUUAAUGUCCUAAUGGGACACGUGAGUCCGGACAAACUAGCAUCGAUGACAUCAGAAGAGAUGGCUAGUAAAGAAAUGAAAGAACUUCGUGAGAAAUAUACUAAAGAAACUAUAGAAGACCAUCAAAUGGCUGUAACUGGUGGAACGGAAACUGAUUUAUUACGAUGUGGAAAGUGUAAGCAGACCAAGUGUACAUAUAACCAGGUCCAAACUCGUAGUGCAGAUGAACCAAUGACCACUUUUGUCUAUUGUAACAAUUGCGGCCACCGUUGGAAAGUUUCUGGAUCCAAACAGUUGUUUUUCCGAGGGAGCUGACUAUCUUCAAGCUUGUUGUGUAAAAGCUCAAUCCAUAAAGCAAUUAAACAACGUUGGGGAAUGCAUUUCCAUAGCAUCCGAUGACUAGGUGAACGUAGAUUAUUACUCUAUUUCCAAUCAAAAGUCAAAAUGAUGCUUAUAUGUUCACCAGUAAUAAGGAGUUUAACGCAAAACAGAAAUCUGUUGUCAUUAAGUUGGUGUUCAUUAGCAUGCGCACUCAUGAGCUGAUUUAUUUACAACCCGACAUUAAUUGAUCAUCUAAUCAUUUUUUCAACUGUCCAAACAUCGUUUUAUCUACUGUUAAUCAACUUUUGAAGAGUGGCUGCGAUAAAAUCUGAUAAGCUUUCAGUUUACAUUAAAUAUUACAUUCACAUCUGACAAUUUUACUCCCAUUUGUUGAAGGAUUAGUAUUUUAAUUAAAAAAUCCCUCUUACGAGUUUCUGGUUGGUAAUCAAUUUCAUGUUAUUGAAUCAUUAAAGUUAGUGGAAGCAUAACUACUAAACCUACAAUAUUGUUAUUCAUUUAC